CUUGCUGCUAUUGCAGCAGGGGCAAUAGGAAUAAUCACGGAUCCGCGGUGAGCCUAAGAAGAAGGAAUGGCUUGAGAUGUAACGAAAAAAGCGUCGAGAGAGGAUCAAUAUCUGACAGUCUUGUUGCAAAUUGCUGCAGUGCUGUUAAGUGUAUUCUCAUACGGAUUGACUAAACUGGGCAACGGAGCCUCAUGUCACAUGUGCUUCAUAGGAAGAAACGGGGCAUCUGCAAGCUGGAUCUGGAGGAGGAUGCUGCGGCAAAUGAUACACAGAGGGCUCAAAGCUUCUUUCUACUGGCUGGGCUUAUUUGUUAGUAGGCAUCCGGUUUUUUUCCUGACCGUUCCCGCAGUCUUAACUAUCAUUUUUGGAUCUACCGUGCUGAGCAGAUUCAAGCCCGAAACGGACCUCGAGAUACUGGUUGCCCCUACUCACAGCUUUGCUAAAGUAGAGCGGAGUCUUGCGAACAGCCUUUUCCCCCUGGAUCAGUCGAAAAACAAGCUGUAUUCCGACCUACACACUCCCGGCAGAUAUGGCAGACUGAUUCUGCUGGCCAAGUCUGGGGGAAAUAUAUUGGAGCUAGCCGACCAGGUCUUGCAGGUUCACAAGCAGGUGCUGGAUUUGCGGGUUAAUUUCAAGGGAUUUAAUUACACUUUCGCUCAUCUCUGUGUUCUGAGCCAUCGUGAUAAGCGAUGCCUCUUGGAUGAUAUAAUUACGAUAUUCGAAGAUAUUCGCUUAGCCAUUCUGUCGAAUCACACUUUUUCAAAGGUGCCCGUGAGCUAUCCAAAUACAACAUUGAAGGAUGGUCGUGUUUCUUUCAUCGGCCACCAGCUUGGUGGGGUUGCCUUCUCGCCAAACAGCCGAGACCAGCAGGUGAAGUUCGCCCGAGCCGUCCAGAUCACCUACUACCUCCGCAACCAUGGUCCCGUGGUGCAGGAUGUCAUCGCAGAGAAAUGGGAGAACGCCUUCUGUACCCUCAUCACGCGUCUUUCCACACUCAGCGAGGACCUGCACAUCCAGUCUCUCACCUCUUUCAGCCUAUGGAGGGACUUCCACCAGACGGGUGUACUGGCUAAAGGGGAGGUGCUGGUCAGCCUGGUGCUCCUCCUGCUGGCAGCCACCAUCUCCAGCUCCAUGAGGGACUGCCUGAGAGGAAAGCCCUUCCUGGGUCUGCUGGGUGUGCUCACCAUAGCUAUUGCUAACGUUACUGCCGCGGGCAUCUUCUUCAUUUCCGACGGAAAGUUUAACUCAACCCUGCUGGGGAUUCCAUUCUUUUCCAUGGGUCAUGGAACCAAAGGAGUGUUCGAGCUCCUAGCGGGCUGGAGAAGAACUCGAGAAAGCCUCCCCUUCAAGGAGCGUGUGGCAGAUGCUUUUGCUGACGUGAUGGUGUGUUACACUAUGACCAGCUCCCUGUACAUCAUCACCUUUGGCAUGGGCGCCAGCCCGUUCACCAACAUCGAAUCGGUUAAGAUCUUCUGCCAGAGCAUGUGUGUUGCCGUCCUGGUCAACUACUUCUACGUGUUCUCCUUCUAUGGUUCCUGCCUGGUGUUCGCUGGUCAGCUGGAGCAAAAUCGCUACCACAGUGUGUUCUGCUGUAAGAUCCCCUCGGUAGAGUACCUGGACCGUCAGCCCACCUGGUUCAAGACCAUGAUGAGUGACGGCCACGACCACGUCACGCACCACGAAACCGUGCCCUACCAGAACCACUUCAUCCAGCACUUCCUGCGGGAGCACUACACGGAGUGGAUCACCAACACCUACGUCAAGCCCUUCGUGGUCAUCCUCUAUCUGAUAUAUGCCUCCUUCUCCUUCAUGGGAUGUUUACAGAUCAGCGACGGUUCCAACAUUGUCAAUCUCCUCGCCAGCAACACGCCCAGCGUCUCCUACGCCAUGACACAGCAGAAGUACUUCAGUAACUACAGCCCGGUGAUCGGCUUCUACAUCUACGAGCCCAUAGAGUACUGGAACUCCACGGUGCAGGAGCACCUGACCACUCUGAGCCACGGCUUCAACAAGAUCUCCUGGAUGGAUAACUACUUUCAGUAUCUGAAGGUGGUGAAUGUGAGUGCCUCUACCAAAAGUGAUUUCAUCGCUAUCCUGCAGGGAUCCUUCCUGCGCAGCCCAGAGUAUCAGCACUUCAUGGAGGACAUCAUUCUGUCCAAGACGGACGGCGACGAGAUGGAGAUCAUCGCGUCGCGGAUGUAUCUGGUGGCACGGACCACAGAGAAGACAAGGGAGGAGGUGGUUGAGCUGCUGGAGAGGCUCCGCCCCCUCUCGCUCAUCAACAACAUCAAGUUCAUCGUCUUCAACCCCACCUUCGUCUUCAUGGACCGCUACAGUUCCUCCGUGGUCUCGCCCGUCAUCACGUCGGCCUUCAGCGUGCUCACCAUCCUCGUCCUCACCUUCUUUCUGGUCAUCAACCCCCUGGGGAACUUCUGGUUGAUCCUGACCGUCACCUCCGUGGAGCUGGGGGUUCUGGGUCUCAUGACCCUCUGGAAUGUACACAUGGACAGCAUCUCUAUCCUGUGCCUUAUUUAUACGCUCAACUUUGCCAUGGAUCACUGUGCCCCCCACCUGUACACCUUCGUACUGGCCACCGAGCACACCCGGACGCAGUGCAUCAAGAUCUCCCUGGAAGAACACGGGGCGGCCAUUUUACAGAACGCCUGCUGUUUCGUUAUCGGGAUGUUGCCCCUGGUGUUUGUGCCUUCCAACCUGACCUACACGCUGUUCAAGUGCUCCCUCCUCACCGCGGCCUGCACAGUGCUCCACUGUUUCGUCAUCCUGCCCGUGUUUCUGACGUUUUUCCCCCCCUCGAAAAAGAGGCACAAGAAAAAGAAACGGGCCAAACGGAAAGAGCGGGAGAGGGAGCGGGAGAUGUUGGAGAGGGAGCGGGUGAGGGAGAGGGAGGAGAUAGAGUGCAUUGAAGUCAGAGAGAAUCCUGAUCAUGUGACUAACGUCUGAGAGGCCGUGUGUCUGUGUGGGGAGAGCGGUGAGCAUCAGAAUGGCGGUCUUCUGUGAUUGGUAGGUGAGGUGUUGGGAGCAUGUCCUAAAGCCAGGAUGGCCGUGUGUUGUAGCACCUCACGGGGCCAGAGGGGUCAGAUCCGACCGUCCCUCAAAGCGAGGAGAGGGGGAGACAUAGGCCAGCAGCCAUGACCCAGACAGACAGCCAGUAGUCAUGCUGUCCAGAGUAUAGAACAGGCCAGAUCAGACCCAUAGAUCAGCUACACCUUCAAAUCGGAUGGGACAGUGUAUUUUAUCUGCACAGUCGGUUCACGGUUCCCUCUGCUGUUGAUACAGACACAUGCACACAACCGGGAGGAAACUUUAACAGCCUGCAUUUCUCUCACAGUGUAACGUCUAGGUGAAUACUGCACCUUAUUCUACCAAUUGUCCAUUUACAGUACUGUGAGAAAAGCAUGGUAGCAUGACAAUGAGAGCCAUGUCUACCUCCAGGAUGGCUGUUGAAGUAAAAUGUAAAUGAUCAUAUGAACACACGCAUCCACACACACACACGGAUGCACGCACGCACGCACGCACUCACCAUCAGAAAUGUCCUCAUAGUAGGAUUGGUAUGAAUCAAAAACAGAAUAAUCCAGUGUUUGAAUAUGUUUAGGAGUACAUGUAGACAGAGAAAAUUAAUCCCCACAGUACAUUCCACUCUUUUCUUUAUUUUGUACACUGAAGUGAACAGCUGAACUGGGCAGAUGGCAUACACUGUGUCCAUUAUGAAGAAUGAUCUUGCACAUUACAUUGUGUGGGUACAAAUGUCAUGGUUAAUUUAACAGGAAGACAAAUAUAUCUGCUUAAGUUCCAUUUUCACAUCUGUUCUCAGCCAGCAAGGUAUGUCGUUUUAUAACAGUUAUGCAUGUUCUAGAAGUCAUAGCGGAUCAAUUAAAUAAGUAAGAAAGCGCAUAUUUGAACCAGUAAAACUUAAAGGAUGGAUCACGGCAGAGUUUGAGGAUUAGCUUUCAGUUUUCACUUGCCUCUGAUAUUAGGUGUCUUAGAAAUAAUUUGAACAUCAUGAACGUUGGUAAGGCACGUGUUGUCAAUGGUCCGUUAUUUAGAGAUGAUUAUGAGUCCUUAAACAGAAAUUAUGAAGACUAUGGUGGCAAAUAAUUAGAAGGAAAACAUAUUCAGCGUGCAAAUCUUUUUCUUGAUUGGAAUUUUCUUUGUCAAUGGGGAUUUACUGUCACAUAGAAAAUACAUUUUAUUGGUUCUAAGCUGAAAGCAAUGCCAUACAUCACAAUAAUGCUAGUUUAAUAAACCAUCAGUGAUGCUUAUUCAUAUUACAGUGGCUUUACAUUGUCUAUUGCUUGAUGUCCUUUAGAACUCUCCAUGUCAGCAUUUUCCUUCAGUAACCUCUCUGUGAUCCAGUGAGGCCAAGACGGAUCCCCUCUCCUCUGGGGGAAACCAAGUGCAUUACCUAGUCUGAUGAUGACGCUGGAUAAGAUAUUUGUAAUGGUCACAGGGUCAGACUGCAGUAGAUAGUCACCACUGUCCUCUGAUCAUCUUAGAGUAGCUUGUGGAAUGUGACAGAAUGCCUCACAUGAACAGAUGUGGCUAGACGUAGGUUAUACAUGAAUAAAUGUAAGGACUUUGGGUGGGAAUUACUGUCUUUACACUGUAUGUUGCUUGACAGGUUGAUAAAUCUAGCAAAACAGCCAUAGCAGUUUUGCGUGUGUUAGGACCAAAAGUUAGGGAAGUUUACAGGAGUAAAAUGGUUAGCACAAUUAACCAUACUGAAAGCAUCAUGUCGUAGGCCUAAAUAUUUAACUAAAGUAAAAAAUGAGGAGUUUGUACUUCAGUAUGAAAUUAUAGCCUGCUAGUUAAUGAGAUACUGUUUAAACUUAUAGUGUGUUUUCCAACUCCUUUAGUGAAACAAAUGGGUUUAAGGGAUCCACUCCCUCAUGCAAGAAAUGUACCUCCUCACAAAAGACUAGAGACAGCCAUUUUGUCUCAAAGUUAGCAAGAAUAUAAAUUAUGUAAAAAAUGUUGACAAAGUAAAACACUCAUAUCAUUUUCAAAUCUCUUGUCCGUGAUGAUUAUGAAUCCUAAAAUGUUUCUCUUGCAUAAAUAGCAAGAGGGAAUCGUAUUACAUUCAACCAGACAUAGUAACUCAAAAUCGAGGGGUAUUGGUUAGCUACAAAACCUGCUGUUGGUGUAACUGCGUUUUGUAAAAGCCAUGUCAUAUAUGUUUAGCAAAAAGGCAUGAACAUUUAAUAUAAUGGGAACCAAUUGCUAACUGAAAUCAUUGACUCCCUAAAAAGACUGUGAACGCAUGGCACUGUAAUGUAAUGUAUGUAUGUAUGCAUGAAUUUAAUAUAUGUAUAUUUAGUCUGUGUGUUCUUAUUUUUGCUACACUGUAACUUAUGUUUUGUUGUUUCAAUGCAUAUUCUAUAACAUCUUUUGCAACAAAAUAACAAAAUGUCCUUUAUGUUCAGCUUAACAAAAGCCAGAGGAUCAUGACGUGUAAUAUAAUUGUGUAUAAAUGAUUUUUUAAAAUAUUUUUUAAGAAAAAAAGAAAUAUCCUCUAUAAUAUAAA